AUGGUUCAACAUUGUGUUAAUGCAGCUAGUACAGAUUUCGUUUCUUAUAAUUCUAAAAAACAACGUGAUGCUGCUGAUGUUGUUGGCAGUAAAUCAUUCUCGAUAAAUAAUAAUAAUAAUAAUGCACUUCAUCAUCAUAUACGUACAUUAGGUUCAAUGCAAUCUGGUUCUGUUGAUUUUGUAUCAAAUGUUUUACCUGUAACAACACAUUCAUAUUCACCAAUAUCAACUGAACAAAUACCAUCUGAUACAACAUCAUAUUAUAAGACAAAUACAACAAUAUCGUCAUCAUCAUCAUCGGGUUAUGAAUCUGUUUUAUCAAAUACAUCAAAAUCACGUCGAUCAUUUUUUUCACGUUUAAAACGUUUAAUUAAUUUUCCGUCAACAAAAAAAUCUUCAGAUUAUCAAAUAUCAAAUUUAAAUAAUUCAAUUGAACAAAAUUUAAAUAAUUCAACAUCACCAAUUAUAUUUAAAAAUCCGAAUUCAUCAUCAACAACGAAUAAUAAUAAUAAUAAUAAUAAUGCAAUAAAUUCAAAUGAAAAUCGAAGAAAUUCUUUAACACGUUUAGAUAUUCGAAGAAAAUCAGCUCGACGUACAUUAUCUCCUGUAACUCAACAUGUUCCGUUUGUAUAUGGACUUAAAAAUUGUGGCAACACAUGUUUUAUAAAUGCUAUCGUUCAAUGCUUAUGUCAUACAGAACAGUUAGCUUUAUAUAUACUUCGAAAAGGUUAUGAACUUGAUAUACGUAAUAUAAAAAAUGCAAUACUUGAUUAUCAACAUUCAUCAACUUCUCAACCACAUGGUUUUAAAGUAACAAAAUCUUUUGUACAAAUAUUUCAAGCAUUAUGGAACAAUUCUUCAAAUACAACAUCUAAAUUAUCUUAUGAUUUUAAAACAACUAUUGGUAAUCUUAAUCGACAAUAUUCUGGUAAUGAUCAAAAUGAUGCUCAAGAAUUUUUAUUAUUUCUUAUUAAUACAAUUCAUGAUGAAUUAAAUUUAGUUGCUAAUGGAAGAGUACGACAACAAGCUAAAAAUUCAUUUUCAUCUACGACUAUUUCUUCUCAAUCGUCAUCAUCACUUGCAUCAGUUGAAUUAGCACGACGUGCAUGGUCAGAUUAUACCGAUGCAAAUCAAAGUAUCAUAACAUCAACAUUUAGUGCCCAACUUCAUUCAACAUUACGUUGUAAUCAAUGUAAACAAGAAAGUAAAACAUUUGAACCAUAUUUAUUAUUAUCAUUACCAAUACCACAAAAAAUUAUUAAACCAGUUUUUAUAACUGUUGUCUUUCUUAAUCAAUCACCAAAACAAUUACAAAUUGGUUUAUGUUUACCAGUUACAAAUACAGUUAAAGACGUUCGAGAAGCUAUUGCCCAACAAUCAAAUCUUGAUCCAAAUGAUCUUGCUCUUGUUGAAAUUCAACAACAUAAUGGUUUUUCUCAAGUAUUUCAUGAUACAGAACCAAUGUCUCGAUUAACACAUGAUUUAUAUGCUAUACAAUUUCCUUCAUCAAUAACAGAAAGUAAUGAACAUGUUGCAUCAGCUACAGAAUCUACAAAUCAAUCAUUAUCAAAUAAUUCAUAUGUUAAUAUACUUGUACUUAAUCGUGUACGUCUUAAUUCUGGUCUUGUUCAACGAUUUGGUGCACCAAUUGCUGUUCGUGUACCACGUGAAUCAAAUUAUCGUGCAUUACAAUUAUCAAUAAUAAAAGCUCAACGAUCAAUAAUACGUGAUGAAGCAAUGGAAUAUGCACAAGAAUUUGUUGUUUUUCAAUUGUCACUUAUUGAUCAAUAUCAAUCAACAAUUGGUGAAACAAUAAAAAAAGAAUAUCCAAUACCAUAUGAUGUACAAUGGCCACUUUAUCUUGAAAAAAUUGUUGAAAUACUUGAUGCAUAUGACGGUCCCGGUCUUGGACCAUCUCAUAUUCAAGUCUAUGCUAAUUGGCAUGAAAAAUAUCUCGGACAAUUUAUAUCAAAAUGGGGUUCGAAUGAUGAUAAACCUGAUAUUCAUCAAUCAGUUGCUCAAGCUCGUGCAGCAUUACAUCAACCAUCAUCAUCAUUAAUAUCAUUAGCUGAUUGUUUUUCAUUAUUUACACAAUCAGAAAGCUUAAAUCAUGAUGAUGCAUGGAUGUGUACACAUUGUCGUCGAAAAGAAAAUGGAACAGUUAAAAAUUUGAAAAUUUCAACAUUACCACCAGUUUUAAUUAUACAUUUAAAACGUUUUUGUCAAACAAAAAUGUCUAAUUCAAAAUUAGUUUAUCCUGUACAAUUUCCACUUGUUGGUCUUGAUGUUAGAAAAUUUUUGUCAACUAAAAAAAAUGAUGAACUAUUAAAUAAUGAUGAUAGUGGAGCUGAUGAUGAUCAACAAGAUUCAAUUGAUUAUCAACAACAAAAACAAUAUGGACUUUAUGAUCUAUUUGCUGUUUGUAAUCAUCGUGGGAGUAUGUCAAAUGGACAUUAUACUGCCUAUUGUAAAAAUCCCGUAACAGGAAAAUGGUUUUGUUAUGAUGAUCAUCUUGUGUCCGAAUUAGAUCAUUCUCGUGUAUGUACACCAGAUGCAUACAUAUUAUUUUAUCGUUGCCGUGAUACUCCUCCGUCUCCACCAUCAGAACCUAUUACUAAAUCACCAUCUUCUCAUUCACAGCAACAACAACAACAACAAAUAGAUUCAAUAGUAAACGAUUUUGAUGAACGAUUAAAUCUUUAUUAUUCAUCUCCUCCAACAUCAACAAUAGAGGAUGAUUUAAUGUGGCCAUCAACAAAUGACAAACAACAUCAUUAUACGCUCGAACCACCAUUACCAUUACCAAGAAAAUUUUUAACUCCAUUACCAUCAUCAUCAUCUCAAGAUGAAUUUUCUUUAGUACAACACUCAGUACCUUGUCCAAUGCCUCGAACACGUAAACCACAAUAUAAAAUCGAUACAAGUUUACUACCAUCUCAAAUAAUAUUACCACCAUCACCUCCAACGAGACGACAACCAAUGGUACCAGUUGGUAACUAUGUUUAUCCUAUAUCGUCAACACCAUCAGAUUAUAUAAUUGAACCAUUGAAUGAUUUUUAUUCACCAUUACAACGAUAUAAUAAUAUCGAAAGAUUAAAUCCAUGGAGUCAUUAUAAUAGUCAGAGAUAUUCUGAUAGUGAAAACGAACAUACAGUUGUUUAUUCGAGAAGAUUUUUACGAUAG